GUGUGCUACACGGUGCAGCGCGGUGGGGUGUACGAGGUGGUGGUGGCGCUGCCAUGGACCAAUGCCUUCCUGCUGCGCCAGGCCGUCAACCCCAAGCUCGCCUCCAACUUCUUCAGGUCCAAGGUCGUGGCUCAACGCAACAUCACCGUUGCUGCCGCCACCGCCCUCCAUGCCUUGAAGAAUGGCACGGAUUCGACUCAAAUGAGCGAGCAGAGCCUGCCGCGGUGCACAUUCGGUCUGUUGCGCGAGUCACGGCAUGCGGGCUUCUGGCGUGGAGACACGUGGCACCCCACGGCCUGCCGCCUGCCUGCCCCCAUCACGCCCGCACGCAUUGGGCGCUGCCUGCAUGGCAAGAGCGUCCUCAUUCUAGGGGACUCGGAGAUGCGGUACCUGUUUGGCCACCUGCAGAUGUUCCUGCACUACCGCACACGCUGCCGCUACCUCAAGCGCUACCGCCGCCAGCCCAGGGAGGUGCACCGAGUGCGGGUGAGGAACGUGGUGGUGAAGGAGGGCCCGCCACUGGACCCCAGCACGGGCAUGGCCUUGGCUGUCAACUACAGCACCUUCUGUGGCCGCACCACCUACUGGGGUCACUUCUGGAGUGGCUUCGCCCUGCAGCAGUGAGUGCUUGCCUCUCACAUACUGCUGCUUGCCUCUCACAUACUGCUGCUUGCCUCUCACAUACUGCAGCUUGCCUCUCAGAUACUGCUGCUUGCCUCCCACACACUGCUGCUUGCCUCUCACAUACUGCUGCUUGCCUCUCACAUACUGCUGCUUGCCUCUCACAUACUGCUGCUUGCCUCUGCCACAGCGUGCCUCUUCUCUCCCCUGCCACCCUGCCCGGCAACAGGGUGCUCGUGCAUCCAGUGCGGCGCCGCGGCCGUGCGUACAGCUUCAACCUCACCUAUGCCACGCACCUGGACUCAGAUGCCCCCGUCUUUCACGACUGGCGUUCCGCCCCUAAUCUCACAGGCGGCCCCAUCGCCACUCACUUUGCUCCAUUCGACGUAGUGGCAGUGUCCUUUGGCCUGCAUGACAUCACACGCAAGAGUAAUGCAUCGGAGAUGGCAGAGGCGUUCAGUGAGUCCCUCGUCUGUCUUUCUUCAGGCUUUGUUGCAUUUACCACACUUCAAGCAUCGCCAUAUAAUUAG